AACACCUUCGCUGCGUAUUUCUUCCACCCUUUUUUUUCUGGGUACUAGAGGUCUGAUCGGGUGGGUGGAAAUCCCCCUACGUCACAACUGGGGAAACCCCAAGAUUCAUCACCAUGACAACGACUAACAACAGGAUUUCAGCCUUUCUGAUGCUAUGGCUAAUCAUUUGUGCCAGCUCCUCUCCCUUCUCAGGGGUUGUACAUACGUCAUCAAAAGUUGGUCUGCCAGCCGUCCUGCCAUGUUCUGUGGCAUCACACCUGGAGUCUGAUCACACGCCUCACAUUCAAUGGCAUACCAUAAGCUAUUCAGUGUUGGAGCGGAUGGGACAGGAUCAGUUUCAGGGGGAGGCUUAUAGAGACCGGGCAAAUGUCCCAGAGGAACUGCUUGUGAGAGGAAACUGCUCUUUGUUCUUGCAGGAUGUCAGAUUCAGCGAUGCAGGCAUUUAUGAGAGUUACUUGGUGUAUGGUGAAUCCAAUAUCAAGAACCGAAUUUUCAUUCAGAGUGUCCAUCUUGCAGUUAUUGAUCACAAGGCCAUCAAAUCUGUGGAGACUGGGGCAGACCUGAUCCUGGAUCUGUAUACACAUCAAGCUGAGCAAGUGAUUUUUCAAAACAGUACUGAAACCAACUGGACUGUCCUGUGGGAGAAAGAUGGAAUCAUAAACAACAAAGAUUAUCUGAAAAAGAGAGACCACAAGCUGAUUCUCAGGAGGGUUACGAACAGCAACUCUGGAACAUACAAAGUUCUUGACUUGGAGGGUUUGGCUCUCAGCACAGUGAAGGUCAAAGUUACAGAACCUGUGCUCAUAAAAGAAACAGAGGCUCUGGAAAAGCAGUCUGCAUUAGGUCAAGCUACAAUGAGUAUGCCUCCUCUAAGCCUCAUUACUCUUUUCCUCACAUUUAAUCUAAUGCUUCAAAUGAAUUAAGAUGGUUCUGGUUUUAAAUUAUAUUUUCCAUAUUACUUGAAACUAUUUUAGACUAUAUUAUGGGACAAGUUGUUUCAUAUACUGAAUUUCAUAAGUCUGGUGUUCUCGGACUUGGCGUCUAUGAAAGCUCACUAAUGUGUGAAUACCUGAAACCUGUGUGUGGAUACUAGUGGAUAGUUUACUGUACACUGAAUUAUUCAAAUAAUUUUAAAUUAUAGAAUUAAUGCAUAAUAAAUGUACUGAUUAUAAAUAAACAAAUACAGCAACAAAAAAAAUUAC